AUGGCAGAUUCAUUGUCAUUGUUCUUUUCUGAUUGUGGGCUGCUAUUGUAUUUGGAGGAGCAGAACAGUGAAGAAUUAAAUAACUUCAAGCUACUCCUAAAAGAGACCUUGAAACUUGGGUGCUACCUAGUACCAAGGACUGCAAUGAAGAAAGCAAGGGAGGACCUGGUUUACUUGAUGAAUAAACACUACCCAGGACAGCAAUCCUGGAAUGUGACUCUCAAAACAUUUGGCAAGAUGAACCUGAGAGAUCUGUGUAAGAGAGAAAAGGCAGAGAUCAACAGGGCAACACCAACCAUGAGUUCAGAGGGUGUAGAGGCCAUGGAGGAGGAGCAAGUUGAGCAGGAGUCAGUGCUGGGUGAUAGAACAGGAUAUAGAAGUAAAAUAAAGGAAACAUUUUGCGUUGUAUGGAAUAAGGACCCUCUGCUUGGUGAACAUGCAGACACAAUUACUGAGAAAGAACGCAAGCUGUUGGAACAUUUAUUCGAUAUGGAUGUCACUAAUGGUGAGCAGCCACAGUUGGUAGUGCUUCUGGGAGCUGCUGGUGUUGGCAAAACAACGUUGAUGAGGAAGGCGAUGUUGGACUGGGCAGAGGGGAACCUCUAUCAGCAGAAGUUUACCUACGUUUUUUAUCUCAGUGGGAGAGAAAUUUGUCAAAUGAAAGAGAGAAGCUUUGCUCAGUUAAUAUCAAAGGACUGGCCCAGCACUGAAAUUCCCAUUGAGAAGAUCCUGUCCCAGCCUAGAAAUCUCCUUUUUAUCAUUGAUAGUUUUGAUGAACUCAGCUUUGCCUUUGAAGAACCAGAGUUUGCACUGUGUAAGGACUGGGCCCAGGUACACCCAGUGUCCUUCCUCAUGAGCAGUUUGCUGAGGAAAGUUAUGCUCCCAGAAUCAACCUUGUUAGUGACAACAAGAGUCACUUCUUCCAAGAGACUAAAGCCCUUGUUGAAGAAACCGCACUAUGUGAAGCUCCUAGGCAUAUGUGAAAGUGCAAGAAUAGACUAUAUUUACCAGUUUUUCAAAGACAAGGCACAGGCCAUAGAAGCAAUCAGUGCAGUAAGAAACAAUGAAACGCUUUUCAACAUGUGCCAUGCCCCUCUCACAUGCAGGCUCAUUUGUUCUUGUCUGGAGCAGCAAAUGGAGAAGGGUGGCAAUGUCACCGAGAUCUGCCAAACAACCACAGCUCUGUUUACGAGCUACAUCUCCAACCUGUUUGCGCGGGAGGAGGAUGGAGGUUCUUCUAGUCGGCCCAAUGAAGCCCUGCUGAGAAGCCUGUGUCAAAUGGCUGCUCAAGGAGUCUGGACCAUGACACACAUGCUUUAUCGGGACAGUCUCAGGAAGCAUGAGUUAACCAGAACGGAUAUCUCAGUUUUCCUGGACAUGAAUAUUCUUCAGAAGGACACAGAACAUGAAAACUGCUACAUGUUUACUCACCUGCAGGUUCAGGAGUACUUUGCAGCUCUGUUAUACUUGUUGAAAGAUGGCUGGGAAACAAGAGACCGCUCCUUGAAGCCCUUUGCAAAUAUGAAAACGUUACUUGAAAGCAGACAUUACCACGCCCUUCAUUUGACACAGAUGAAACAAUUUCUGUUUGGCCUCCUGAAUGAAGCUAGAGUAAAACACCUGGAGGAAACACUGAACUGUACGUUGUCCCUGGAGAUAAAAGGGGAGGUGCUGAAGUGGAUAGAAAAUUUAGGAAGCAGUAACUAUUCUCCAACACAGCUGGGACUUCUGGACUUGUUUCACCUUCUGUAUGAGACUCAAGAUGAAGUAUUUGUAACUCAAGCAAUGAGCUAUUUCCCAAAUGUUGUCAUUAAUAUUUACGAAGAAACACACCUGCUUGUGUCUUCGUUCUGCCUUAAAAACUGCCAACGUUUACAGACCCUUAAACUGAUCAUAACAAUGAUAUUUAUAAAGAUGUUCAGCUCAAGUGGCACAGAUAAAACUUGGGAUAAUAGUCACUGUAGUCAGUGCUGGCGAGAUCUCUGCUCUGUCCUUCAUACAAAUAAACACCUGAGAGAACUGGACCUGGCCAACAGCAACUUGGAUAAAGAAAUACUAACAAUUUUAAAUGAAGAACUAAGACUCCCAAGCUGUAAACUACAAAAACUACUGUUGAGCUCUGUCUAUUUCCUUGAUGGCUGUAAGGAUUUCUUUAGUUUCUUGCCUUACAACAAGAAUCUGACACAUCUUGACCUGAAAGAGAGUGACAUAAUAGAUAGAGAUGUCAAGUCUUUGUGUGAAGUCUUGAAAGAUCCAGAGUGUAAACUACAAAAUCUGAGGUUGGAUUCCUGUAACGUAACCGCAGUUUGUUGUGUAAAUAUAUCUAAGGUUCUCAUUGAAAACCACAGCUUGAUAUAUCUGAGUCUGUCAACCAAUAAGCUUCUGGAUGAUGGAGUGAAGUUGUUGUGUGAAGCCUUAGGAAAUCCAGAGUGUAGCCUAGAGAGGCUGUCCUUAGAAAGCUGUGGCCUCACAGAAGCUGCCUGUAGGGAUCUCUCUCAGGCUCUCAUCAGCAAUAAUAGGCUGACACAUUUCUGCUUGGCCUACAACAAUGUGGGAGACAAUGGAGUAAAGCUUUUAAGUGAUGCCUUGGAACAUCCACAGUGUACUCUACAGAGCCUUGUACUGAGGAACUGCCAUCUCACCCCACGGGGUGGUGAAUAUCUCUCAACCUCCCUUCUGCACAACAAGAGCCUGACACAUCUGGACCUGGCAUCUAAUGGGCUCAUGAACGAUGGGACCAAGCUGCUUUGCAAUGUCCUUCAGCAGCCAACCUGCAGUCUUCAGGAGCUCCAAUUGAUGGGCUGUCUCCUCACUCGUGCCUGUUGUGAGGAUCUGGCUUCUGCUAUCGUGAACUGCCCAAACUUGUGGAGCCUUGACCUCGGGAACAACAGAUUGGAGAAUGAGGGAGUGAAGAUUUUGUGUGGUGCUUUGAGACAUCCAGACUGUAACAUUCAGUGUCUUGGGUUGCAAAACUGUGAUUUGACCUUUGGCUGCUGUCAGGAUCUCUCCUCUUCACUGCUCAGCAACCAAAGACUGCUACAACUGAACCUGACAAAAAAUAUCAUUGGGUAUGAAGGAAUUAGGGAUUUGUGUGAAGUCUUGAGGUAUCCAGAGUCUACUAAACUGCAAAUUCUCGGGUUGUGCAAAGGAAAAACUGACAAGGAAUCCAGUAAGCUGCUGGAAGCUGUGGGGGUCAGCAAUCCACACUUGGUCAUUAAGUCACAUUAUGACUACCAUCCUGAAGAAGACGGGUCCUGGUGGCAGUGCUUCUGA